CCCACUGUGUAUAAAGCCCUGUCAUGAUAAGUAGAGCUGAUAUCUAAUAGAGAAGAAAUAUGCCGCUGUUCAGGCUGCUACUGAUGGUUGUACUAACAGGACAAGGGAAAAUGGUUUGUCGGCUCAGGGGUGGAACGCAAAAGCCUGAACUAGAGCAGGAUGGCGAUAUUAUCAUUGGAGGCAUUUUUUCAUUUCGAACAGGCCAGGAUUAUUUUACGGACACAUUUCAAUCAAUUCCAGGCUUCCGAACCUGCAACAAUUUCAAUUUUAGAGAAUUCAAAUUUGCCCAAACAAUGAUUUUUGCUAUUAAUGAGAUCAACGCAAAUACUGAAAUGCUUUCUGGUCUGAAACUUGGGUACAAGAUCUAUAACAACUGUGGGACUAUGGACAUACUGAGAGCUGCACUGGCACUUGUAAGUGGGCUUAAAGAGGAAGUCACUGAUGAAGCCUGCACACACGCAAAGACAGUGCAAGCAAUCUUAGGCCAUUCAGGAUCAAGUCCUACCAUUGCCUUUCUACAGAUAAUCGGGAGGUUUCAAAUACCUGUGAUCAGCCAUUUUGCUACUUGUGCCUGCCUGAGCAAUAGGAGAGAAUAUCCAACGUUUUUCAGAACUAUUCCAAGUGACUUUUACCAAAGCAAAGCUCUGGCAAAGCUGGUCAGGCAUUUUGGGUGGACUUGGGUUGGGGCUGUAGCUGUAGAUAAUGAAUAUGGCUUGAAUGGAAUUGAGGCAUUUAUCCAAGCUGCAGAAGACUAUGGAGUAUGUGUGGAAUACUCUGCAGCAUUUUCCUCAUCUGAUCCACCCCAUGUUGUACAGAGAGUAAUAAACACUAUAAAGCAGUCCACUUCAAAGGUCAUUUUAGCUUUUACUUCACACAUGGAAAUUAAAAUACUUGCCUCUGAGUUGCACAAACAGAACAUCACAGGGAUUCAGUGGAUCGGCAGUGAUGCAUGGAUCACAGAUUCCUCCCUUACAGACAGCGAAGGACACACAAUUCUGGUUGGAUCACUUGGCUUCACUGUUGCCAAAGCUAAAAUCCCUGGCCUAGAAGAACAUCUGAGGCAGCUUCAUCCUUCACAGUUCCCAAACAGCCAAUUUGUUAUAGAUUUUUGGGAAGAAGUGUUUGAUUGUUGUCUAAAUGAAACUGGGAACACACAAAGAAAGCCCUGUAGUGGCUUGGAAAGUUUGAAAACAGUUGAAUCACUUUUCACUGACGUUUCUGAACUCAGAUUUACUAAAAAUGUCUACAAGUCGGUCUUAGCAGUGGCUCAUGCACUUGACAUGAUGUUUAAAUGUGAUGAUAGAGGAUCCUACUCUAACAGCAGCUGUUUUGAUCCCAAGCACAUAGAGCCAUGGCAGAUCUUGCAUAAUCUCAAGAGUGUAAAUUUCACCACUCCGGAUGGGGAACGGGUUUAUUUUGACAAUAAUGGAGACUCACCCGCAAGAUAUGAACUUGUAAAUUUAAGAAUGACAUCUAGAAGAAUCAUGAAAGGAGAAACUGUUGGCAUUUAUGAUGCUUCUUUUCCAGAUGACAAGCAGUUCAUUAUGAACAACAUCUCAGUAGUGUGGGCAAAUGGUUUGUUAGAGAUGCCCGUGUCAGUCUGCAGUAAAACUUGUCUCCCUGGAACUUAUAAAGUCCUCCAGAAAGGAAAACCAAUCUGCUGUCAUGACUGCAUACCCUGCUCAGCAGGCGAGAUCACAAACUUGACAGAUUCAUUGCAGUGUCUUAAAUGCCCUCCAGAGUACUGGUCAAACAGCCGAAGAGAUGCCUGCAUUCCGAAGCCAAUUGAGUUCUUAGCAUACAAUGAAAUCUUGGGGACAGUGUUGGCAAUAUUUUCUCUAUUAGGAAUCUUUUUAGCUAUGAUCACAACACUAAUCUUUUUUACCCACAAAGAGACCCCAUUGAUAAGAGCUAACAACUCAGAGCUAAGCUUCCUGCUGCUUUUUUCCUUGACCUUGUGUUUCCUGUGUUCUCUAACCUUCAUAGGGCGCCCCACUCAGAUGUCCUGCAUGCUGCGGCAUACAGCAUUUGGCAUGACCUUUGUCCUAUGCAUGUCUUGUGUUCUUGGAAAAACAAUGGUGGUUUUAAUAGCCUUCAGGGCUACACUUCCAGGCAGCAAUAUAGUCAAAUGGUUCGGGCCGACACAGCAGAGACUUAGUGUAAUAUCUUUCACACUUAUACAGGUUUUGAUUUGCAUACUUUGGCUAACUAUAAGUCCUCCGUUCCCUUUUAUGAAUUUUGCCUUGUAUGAGGAUAGAAUAAUUUUACAGUGUGAUCUUGGUUCAGCCAUCGGAUUCUAUGCUGUUUUGGGGUACAUAGGAUUUUUGGCUGUUUUAUGCUUUGUACUUGCUUUUCUGGCUCGGAAGCUACCAGAUAACUUUAAUGAAGCUAAGUUUAUUACUUUCAGCAUGUUGAUAUUCUGUUCAGUCUGGAUUACAUUUAUUCCAGCAUAUAUCAGCUCUCCUGGUAAGUUAAGUGAUGCUGUGGAAAUAUUUGCUAUUUUAGCUUCUGCCUAUGGAGUUCUGCUCUGCAUUUUUCUGCCAAAAUGCUUUAUAAUAUUGUUCAGACCAGAACAGAACACCAAGAAAUGCAUAAUGGGGAAGACUGUCAGAACGGAUAUCCAAUAUUAGUCUGUCAAAAAUGUGUUUAGAAGUUGUGUUGGCACAC